AGCUAACUCUGAGAUGUGGUCUUUGUCUGACCCUUCCAGGGGUCCUGAAGAAUGCUGCACCCAGAACAGGUUCUCUUCUCCCCACCAGCACAAGGACAGGCCAAAGGACAAGCACUGUCCCUCAGAACCCAAGGCCCAGCAGGCUGGGUUGGGGGUUCAGGGCCUCCCACCUCCUUACCCAGGGGAGGAGCCAGGGCUCCUGCUCAGCCUGGACUCCAGCUGUCAGAGGCCAGGCCUGAGCCACACCAGGCUGGGGAGCGGCUGGCCGGGAGCCUGAGGCUGAGACUGGGCCCGGGAGGUUUUGUCCAGGCUGGGUCGUGCAGGAAAGGAAUGGAGCCAGGAGCACCUCAAAGUCCAGCCCGGUGGUGAGCGACUCACCGAUGAGCAUGGAGCUGGCGGCGAUGGGGCCUGGAGCUGCAGGAAAUGGGGCCAGGACGGCGACAGUUCCACGUUCAGCCCUGGGCGCCGGAGUCAGCCUGCACGCCUACGACAUCGGGGUGCUGGUCGUCUACUUUGUCUUCGUCAUUGGCGUGGGGGUCUGGUCGUCCAUCCGUGCAAGCCGAGGGACCAUUGGUGGCUACUUCCUGGCAGGGAGGUCCAUGAGCUGGUGGCCGAUCGGAGCAUCUCUGAUGUCCAGCAACGUGGGUAGUGGCUUGUUCAUCGGCCUGGCUGGGACAGGGGCUGCUGGAGGCCUCGCCGUGGGUGGCUUCGAAUGGAAUGCAACCUGGCUGCUGCUGGCCCUCGGCUGGGUCUUCGUCCCUGUGUACAUCGCAGCCGGUGUGGUCACAAUGCCGCAGUACCUGCAGAAGCGGUUUGGGGGCCAGAGGAUCCAGGUGUACAUGUCUGUGCUGUCUCUCAUCCUCUACAUCUUCACCAAGAUUUCGACUGACAUCUUCUCUGGAGCCCUCUUCAUCCAGAUGGCCUUGGGCUGGAACCUCUACCUCUCCACAGUGAUCUUGCUGGUGGUGACGGCCGUCUACACCAUCGCAGGGGGCCUCACGGCCGUGAUCUACACAGACGCUCUGCAGACGGUCAUCAUGGUGGGGGGAGCCCUGGUCCUCAUGUUUCUGGGCUUCAAGGAGGUGGGCUGGUACCCAGGGCUGGAGCAGCGGUACAGACAGGCCAUCCCUAACGUCACAGUCCCCAACACCACCUGCCACCUCCCCCGGCCCGAUGCCUUCCACAUGCUUCGGGACCCUGUGAGCGGGGACAUCCCUUGGCCAGGCCUCAUUUUCGGGCUCACGGUGCUGGCCACAUGGUGCUGGUGCACAGACCAGGUCAUUGUGCAGAGGUCGCUCUCUGCCAAGAGUCUGUCCCAUGCCAAGGGAGGCUCGGUGCUGGGGGGCUACCUGAAGAUCCUGCCCAUGUUCUUCAUCGUUAUGCCCGGCAUGAUCAGCCGCGCUCUGUACCCAGAUGAGGUGGGCUGCGUGGACCCCGACAUCUGCCAGAGAAUCUGUGGGGCCCGCGUGGGCUGUUCCAACAUCGCCUACCCCAAGCUGGUCAUCGCUCUCAUGCCCGUUGGUCUGCGGGGCCUGAUGAUCGCCGUGAUCAUGGCCGCCCUCAUGAGCUCGCUCACGUCCAUCUUCAACAGCAGCAGCACCCUGUUCGCCAUCGACGUGUGGCAGCGCUUCCGCAGGAAGGCGACGGAGCAGGAGCUGAUGGUGGUGGGCAGAGUGUUUGUGGUGUUCCUGGUCGUCAUCAGCAUCCUCUGGAUCCCCAUCAUCCAGAGCUCCAACAGUGGCCAGCUCUUCGACUAUAUCCAGUCUGUCACCAGCUACCUGGCCCCGCCUAUCACUGCCCUGUUCCUGCUGGCCAUCUUCUGCAAGAGGGUCACAGAGCCUGGAGCCUUCUGGGGGCUCAUGUUCGGCCUGGUGGUGGGGCUUGUGCGCAUGAUCCUGGAGUUCUGCUACCCCGCCCCAGCCUGUGGGGAGGUGGACCGGAGGCCAGCCGUGCUCAAGGACUUCCACUACCUCUACUUUGCCCUCGUCCUCUGCGGGCUCACUGCCAUUGUCAUCGUCACUGUCAGCCUCUGUACAACCCCCAUCCCUGAGGAAAAGCUCGCUCACCUAACAUGGUGGACACGGAACCAUCCUGCUGAGCUGGAGAAGGAAGCCCAUGAGGACACACCAGGGAAAGCAGAGAUCCCACCUGGGGAGCCCCCUGCAGGAGGCAGAGGGGAAGACCACUGCAGCCAGGGCCCGGAGCAGCAGCAUGGAGCCCCACGCAGAUCCUGGGGAAAGCUGCUUUGGGGCUGGUUGUGCGGGCUCUCUGGGGCCCCGCAGCAAGCCCUGAGCCCAGCAGAAAAGGCGGCGCUAGAGCAGAAGCUGACCAGCAUCAAGGAGGAGCCGCUCUGGAGAAGUGUCUGCAACGUCAAUGCUGUCCUCCUGCUGGCCAUCAAUGUCUUCCUCUGGGGGUAUUUUGCAUAACUCUGCAGACCUGGCUUCAGCUAAGACAGAGGAAACACAGCCCCAGCCUGGCCAGCCACAGACACUGGCUUUCCUCUCACCUUGCUGUCCGAACUGGAGACCCCAGAGGCUGAGGCUGCAAGAGUGCCUGCAGAGCCCCUCAUCCAGCCUGUGCCCUUGACUGGUGGUGAAACAGAGGUCCAGAGAGAGUGCUGGGCCUGCCCAGGACCACACAGCAGGAUUCACACUGGCCUCCUGACUCCAGCUCUCCUCCCAUUACAUUGCCUUAAAGUCCUACCUCAAAAAUGCUGUUUUUACCUUCUUGGUGAGUCUGCUCAGGAGCAUUUACUCAACGUGUGUCUUGAGAUUAAAAAGUGGAUGAUACAAGCAAAGGAGUAGCA